AUGUCCAUCUGCUCCAGCGACAGAAGCUAUAGCAGCCACGUCUGCCUGCCCAGUGCCUGCACUGACUCUUCCUGGCAGGUGGAUGACUGCCCUGAGAGCUACUGCGAGCCCUCCUCCUGUGCCCCCUGUUGCCAGUCUACCUGCUGUGUACCCACAUGCUGUGCCCCAGGCCCCUGUCUGACCCUAAUCUGCACCCCUGUGAGCUGUGUGUCCAGCCCCUGCUGCCAGGCAGCCUGUGGGUCCAGUCCUUGUCAAUCCAUCUGCACCAGUCCCUGUGAGCCCUCCUGCUGCCAGCAGUCUAACUGCCAGCCUGCAUGCUGCACACCCUCCUGCUGUCAACAGGCCUGCUGUGUGCCUGUCUGUUGCAAACCCCUCUGCUGCAAGCCCAUUUGCUGCAAGCUCAUCUGUUGCAAGUUUAUCUGCUGCUGCAAGCCCGUCUGCUGUGAGCCUGUCUGCUGUGGGACCAGCCCUUGCCCAUCAUCCUCAUGCUGCCAGCCCUCUGACUGCACCCUGUCCUGCUGCAGACCAUCCUCCUGUGUGUCCCUCAUCUGCCAGCCCGUGUGCAAGCCUGCCUGCUGUGUGCCUGCCUCUUCCUGCUGUGCACCUGCUUCCUCCUGUGUGUCCCUGAUCUGCCGCUCUGUGUGUCCCCACCCGGCCUGCUGUGGCACCUCAUCUGGUCAGAAGUCUUGCUCCUGA